UAUCACCAUGUAAAUUGGGGCAGAAAAAAGAAUCAUUAUCCCUUUCCUUUCAUUUCUACCAGUCUCUUGACUCUUUGGAAUCGGUGCCGAAAUAAAGGAAACGAUGGUCUCACACGACUUAAUCGCCGACAUCCUCAGCCGAUUACCUGUUAAGCAUCUUCUACGCUUACGAUCCGUCUCGAAGCUAUGGCGAUCUUUGAUCGACGAUCCUGAUUUCAUCAACCUCCACCUCAGCCGCUCCCUCAGGACCCGCAUAAACCACACUCUGAUCCUCAAAAACACCGAUCUCCACGCCGCCGAUCUCUCUUCCCUCAGCCCUUUCGCCAAGCUCGAACACCCUUUGAUGAGUUACAACCACGGCGUCGAGAUCUUGGGUUCUUGCAACGGUUUGCUUUGCAUCCGUAACAUAGUCGAAGACAUGGCUAUUUGGAACCCUUCCACUAGAAAGUACCUAGUCUUACCUUACCUCGGAUCUUGCAAGGGCUACGUUUGCGGAUUCGGGCACGACCCGAUUAAAGAUGAUUACAAAGUGGUUAAAAUCAUUCAGCUUGAGAGGGCUGACGGUGAUAAGCCUUUAGAAACAGAGGUUAAAGUUUUCAGCUUGAAGAGAAACAGGUGGAGAAAAAUUCAAGAUAUCCCUUGUGUUUCUUCGUUUCCAAGUGCUAAUGGGGUCUUUGCUGGGGGUGCUUUACACUGGGUUCUGACUCAAAAGGUUGAUCUUUUCGUGACAAAUAUGAUCGUUGCUUUGGAUUUAGCUGCUGAAAGUUAUAAUGUAGUGCCUCAACCUGAGUACGUAGAUGAUAUAUUUCAAUUGAAUGUUGAGGUUUUGGGGGGAUGUUUAUGUGUGGUAGCUAAUCAUGGUGAUGCUCGAGUUGAUGUUUGGGUGAUGAAGGAAUAUAGGGUUAAGGAGUCUUGGACUAUUCUAUUUUCUCUUGAUAGAGAAGACGUGAUUGGUCCUUUGAGGUUUUUGAAGCCUCUGGCUUACUCUAGGAGUGGUAAUCAAGUUUUGUUGGAACAUGAUAACAUAAAUCUUUUUUGGUAUGAUUUGGUGAAGCGGAAAGCUGAUGAUGUCUGGGUCCCUGGUAUGCCCCUUUCUUAUGAAACUGAGGUUUGCUUGCAAAGCCUUGUUUUGCUUAAUGUCGACAAAAGGCAGCAGAACGGAAAGGACGAUGGAGAUAUCAAGAAGAUGGAUGGUUUCCUAUCGGAAGGGUUCAAGUUAGUGUUAUAGUGAAGUGAAAAAAGUAGGUAAAAGGAUGUUGCACAGGUCUUUCGGAGUGGAAUGUACUGAAGUUAACUAAAAGUCCGUCAUUCUCUUACUGUCUCCGAAGGUGAUUCAAAAACACUGAUGAAUGUGCACUUGGCACGCCUCAGUAUGCCUCCUUGUAGAUUCAACUGCUUCGUAGACGUUGAAGUGGUGAAACGCUUUUGGAAGAGACAAGAUUUGAAUUCCAAUUCUCUUAGCGUCUCUCUGUCUCCCAGGUUUCUGCAACAUAGUUGUGUUGCUGGUUCUUUUCGGUGAAGUGCUGUUGUUUAAAAC